UAUAUCGUUUACGCUGUAAAGUAUCCAGCUACUUAAGAUGUAUAGUGCUAGCAAGUGGAUAUUUAACUCAUUUAACAAGUAUAGUUCUAUUCACUUGUCUUUUAGUGAGUUGCUUUUUUUUACAAUUUAACUGGAAAAUAAAUAGGUUCUCUUUAAAUUGAAGGAGUUAUUUAUAUGUUGCAGCGGCGAUAGUCGAUUACAGAGAGCCGUAGCAACAUGUAUAUUCCAUAAUCACAGAAUGUUUUUUGCACAAAUAGUUUGCAUUACCUGCAUGUGGGCACAACCAUUAGAUCCAAUCAGUCCACAGAUACAGUCCAACGAGCCAUAGAAAGAAAAUACAACAUGCAAUUAAGUGCGUUUUUUUGUUGUCUUGUUUGAAGUUUUCAUUUUUUGCUCACACAGACGAUAAGCCACUCACAAUCACAAUAUAAAUAUAUAGCUUAUAAUCUCGUAUAAUUGUGGAAUAUCAUAUACUUUCUGAACAUUUUUCUACUAAAUACUACACAAAUAAUAUUCCACUUGUAUUUAAAUGUACCCUAUAUUUGAAAUUACAGAUGCCAACUAAACGUAUUCUCCCAUGGAAAAUACCAGACUGGCUUCUAGACGAUCCUUUAUUAAAUAAAUCUAUAUCAGAAUAUUUACCAGUUCACUAUAAUUUUGAGAUCCAUAAAACCAUAUGGCGUAUACAUUGUCUUCGAGCCAGGCGGAUUGCUUUACAAAUGCCAGAAGAUACGUAUUUGUUGAUAUUCAGAUCGAUAUCGUCCAUCUCAUAGAUAGUGUAAAGGCUAACUUUGAGAAGUCUUCCCGUUUAGCCCUUGUUUCUACAAUACAAUUUGUUACUAGUUUGCAGACUGCUAAACAACCAUUAUUAGAAGCCGGCUACUCAGUUACCAUCCCUCAGUGCCUUCCUUUAUCGCCUGGUGAAAUACUUGGAUGUACAUCUCCUAAAGUAGAAGGUGUUGAUGCCUUAAUCUACGUGGGUGAUGGUCGCUUUCAUCUUGAAUCUAUUAUGAUAUCUAAUCCGUUGUUAGCUGCUUAUCGUUAUGAUCCCUACAAUAAGUCAUUUACGCGUGAAUACUAUGAUCAUAAAGUAAUGCGUAAACAUAGAAAAAAAGCUGUUGAUACCGCAAGAAAUGCUGUCAAUUUUGGGAUAAUAUUGGGUACACUCGGAAAACAAGGGUCAUCAACCGUUGUGAAACAACUUCAGACAGAAUUGGAAAAAUCAGGAAAGACUUACAUUAUACUAUUGCUGUCUGAAAUAAUUCCAAGUAAAUUAGCGCUUUUCGAUGAACAAGUAGACGUCUGGAUUCAGGUAUCCUUAACUUUUCGGUUUUAGGCUUCAAUUCAUAUAUGCGUAUGACAAUUUUUAAGUGCCGUAAGCGUUAAAAUGACCUGAUUUUAUGGUUGAAGUACUUUUAAUGGUCUUGGAAAUUAGAAACGCGAUUUACUAUAACCACUUAAGAUGUACUCCAAUAAUAAAUUGUCUAGUUCGUGCUAAACUUCUUCAGCUUUAUCAAUGGGCGACAUAAUAUGUUUGAUGUCUUGUAAGCCACUCCAUUCGAUUAUGGACGUUUCGUCAUCAGAAUUGACUUCGUUAUGAACUCGUUAUUUCCAUCUACAAAUACACUUGCUAAAAGAACCUCAACUCAACCACUCAGAAUAGUCGAACUAAUCCGCCAAACGACUGCUAUAAAGACAAAAACGACAGUAAAUGACUUAAUGGAUCGAUGUUACAAUUAGUCUAGCGCAUCCAUACGUUAUUUAGACCUGCUCCUCUCCUAUCCAGCUUAGCAUUUCGGUGGCUGGACAUACGUAGCAAAGUUGUAAACAGUCAAGUCGGCAAAGAUUCACAGUCUGA